AGCAUGUACGUGCUCACGCGGCAAGAAAAUCUUACACAAGAUUACAGGCAUCAGCAAUAGCUAUUCAAACUGGGUUGAGAGCAAUGGCAGCUAGAAAUGAAUGCAGACGCAGAAGAAAAAACAAGGCUGCAACGAUAGUUCAGACAAGAUGGAGACGAUACCAUGCUAUUUCUACUUACAAAAAGUGGAAGAAAGCAACUCUCACCCUUCAAUGUCUCUGGAGAGCAAAGGUUGCAAGAAGGGAGCUUAGAAUGCUGAAAAUGGCUGCAAGAGAUGCAGGAGCACUCAGGGAAGCGAAGGACAAGCUGGAGAAGCGUGUAGAAGAGCUAACAUGGCGGCUAGAUUUCGAAAAGCACUUGAGGGUUGAUCUUGAAGAAGCAAAAGGACAAGAAAUUGCAAAACUACAAAGUGCACUACAUGAAAUGCAAGGUAAACUCGAGGAAGCUCAUGCCGCAAUCCUUCGUGAGAAGGAAGAAGCAAAGAUAGCAAUUGAACAAGCCCCACCAGUCAUCAAAGAGGUACCAGUUGUGGACAACAGGAUGGUGGAGGAACUAACAAUUCAGAACGAGGACUUGGAGGGUGCAAUAACAGAGCUAAAGAAGAGGGUAGAGGAAUUUGAGCAGAAAUAUUCUGAAGUUGAAAACGAGAGCAAAGCAAGACUAAAACAGGCAGAGGAUUCACAGCUGAAAGUUUCGGAGCUCCAAGAGGCCAUUGAAAGAUUAGAGCUGAACUUGUCAAAUCUCGAGUCUGAGAACCAGGUUCUACGUCAACAGGCUUUGGUUGCAUCGACAAAUGAGGACCUCUCUGAGGAAAUGAAAAGCCUCAAGAGCAAGAUUACAGAUUUGGAAUCAGAAAAUGAGCUGCUUCACAGUCAGAAAGUUGUAGGGGGGCAAAUAAUCAGUCAUGCACCAGUACAGCUGCAAUCCAAGUGUUUUGACAAUGGACACCACACAGAGGAGGAGCAUCACCAGUCAACUAAAGUAGAGUAUCAAGCAGCAAAAGAAUCAGAGCCUUUUGUACCCCUCCUAACCAAACAAAGAUCCCUGACAGACAGGCAACAGGAGAACCAUGAUGCAUUGAUCAAGUGCCUUGUGGAAGACAAGCGGUUUGACAAUAGUAGACCUGUUGCUGCCUGCAUUGUGUACAGAGCACUUCUCCAAUGGAGAUCCUUUGAAGCAGAGAAGACAAACAUAUUUGACAGGAUUAUCCACACAAUCCGAUCAUCUAUAGAGAGUCAGAAUAACAUCACAGAUCUGUCAUAUUGGCUCUCGACAACUUCUACUCUUCUGUUCCUUCUGCAAAAUACAAUCAAGGCAAGCAAUGCACCUAAGGCAACUUCAAAUCGUAAUCGAACCUCACCCACGACCUUGUUUGGUAGAAUGGCACAGGGUUUCCGCUCGUCAACAAUGGGAACCGGAAUCUCCAGUGGGUACAGUGGAAUGGAGGGAAAGCAUACGUCAAGAUCAAGAAUAGAGGCUAAGUACCCAGCCCUGCUGUUUAAACAACAUCUGACUGCAUGCAUGGAGAAAAUAUAUGGUAUGAUCCGUGACAGCUUGAAGAAAGAGAUUAGUCCAUUCUUGAACUUGUGCAUUCAGGCGCCAAGAACCACAAGGGCCAGAGCAAUUAGAGGGUCAUCUAAGACUAUCCAUUCAAGCAUAAUUGCUAAACAACAGGCAUCAAGUAUACACUGGCAAAGUAUUGUCAACAACCUGGAUCAUACCUUGAGCAUCCUGUCAGAAAACCAUGUCCCCAGCAUAAUCGCAAGGAAAAUGUUUGGUCAGGUAUUUUCCUUCAUAAACGUCCAGCUUUUUAACAGUUUACUGCUUCGUCGUGAGUGCUGCUCAUUCAGCAACGGAGAAUAUGUAAAGGCUGGUUUGCACGAACUGGAACAGUGGUGCGUUAAAGCAACAGAUCAGUUUUCUGGAUCGUCGUGGGAUGAACUCCAACACAUAAGGCAAGCCGUAGGAUUUCUGGUUUUGCAUCAAAAAUCUCAAAAAUCACCAGAUGAGAUCACGAAUGAACUCUGCCCGAUGCUAAGCAUUCCACAAAUAUAUCGAAUUGGAACAAUGUUUUGGGAUGACAAGUAUGGAACCCAAGGAUUAUCUUCAGAGGUGAUUGGAAAGAUGAGGGCACUGAUGGCAGAAGAUUCAAUUAGCAUGCCAAAUAACACUUUCUUGCUUGACGUGGACUCCAGCAUACCUUUCUCAAUUGAAGAGAUGUCCCGAUCCUUCCUUGAUAUCAGCAUAUCCGAUGUCGAUCCACCACCCCUCCUACGUCAAAAAUCUGACUUCCAUUUCCUGUUGCAGCAAGCAAAUUGAGAUUGUCCUUCUUCAAUUCUAAAUUUUGCACAGAAACAAAAAGGUAAACGUUACUGUAAUUAUCAAUUGCAAUGGCCAAUUUUCUUUCAUUUGUUGGGUGAGAUAAUGAGUAAAUGAGUGCUCAUGAUGUAAUUUUGGUAUCAUUUAUGUUCUAUGUAUUUCUCUUCCUCGUGGGAAAAUAUCCUGCUGGUUUAUUUGAUUCAAUGUUGCUCUUGGAGUUGAGUUGUUGAAGAGAUUGCUGUAGAGAGGACAACAAUUACUGAAUUAAAUCAAAGUGAGAAGACAUUUUUUCUUCC